UUUCGUGACAAAGAGAUUCAAAAAUUCAUAAUAUCUGUUCUUUUGAAGGAUCAACUUGUAUUGUAAGAAUAUUUGCUGACUUUCAAAGAAGUAAUUGAAAUCGCAAAAGUUCCAGUAUGGUAAAGAAUUAAAUAAUGCUUAAUGCUAACGUGCCGCAGAUCCUGUCGUGUUUUGAAAUUGUUAUGUCCCUGUGGAAUGGGAUCUUCAAACUCCAGCCUUAAGUUUUCAAAGUCCGAAGUAUUUCGUGAAGGAAGAGGAGAUCUUGCUUCUCAAGCGAGUAAGAGGAUGGUCACACCUGUUACCAUGUUCAUGGUGGGUGAUGUUAUGUUGGGGAGAGGGAUUGAUAUGAUCUUAGAACACUCCAACAACCCCAUACUCUAUGAGAGUAAUGGGCUGGAUGCAAGGGACUAUGUCAGUUUAGCUGAAAGACAGACAGGACCAUUACCUGAUAAGAGUGAGCGACCUCUUGACUAUGUGUGGGGAGAUGCAAUACAAAUACUUAAGGAGAAGAAGCCAGACUUGAGGAUUAUCAACUUGGAAACUUCAGUGACUACAAGUGACACUCAGUGGCCUUUGAAAGGAAUCCAUUAUCGCAUGCACCCUGGGAAUGUAAAUGUUAUUCAGUCAGCAAAUAUUGACUGUUGUGUUCUGGCAAAUAAUCAUAUCGCAGACUGGGGAUUUCCUGGUCUUGUAGAAACUAUGAAUACCCUUGAUAACAGCGGCAUUAAAUUUGCUGGAGCUGGGCAAAAUUCUUUGGAAGCAAAAGCUCCAGCUGUUUUUCAUAUCAGUAAUAAGGGUGUAAGAGUGUUGGUCUUCGCUGCUGGGCACUCCUCAAGUGGAAUCCCUGACUCGUGGAAGGCAAGGAAAGAAAAGGAAGGAGUUAACAUCAUUGACUUCUAUCAAGCUAGCAAGUCAGUAAAUGAGCUAAAAAAUCUAAUUGAAAACCAUAAACAGGAUGGUGACAUUAUUGUGUUGUCAAUUCAUUGGGGAGGAAACUGGGGUUGGAAUGUUGAGUCUUCCUUUGUAAAGUUUGCACAUAAAGCAAUUGAUGAGGCGGGUGUGCACAUCAUUCAGGGCCAUUCAUCGCAUCAUGUCAAAGGCAUUGAGGUUCACAAUGGAAGACUUAUUAUUUAUGGUUGUGGUGACUUUUUGAAUGACUAUGAGGGGAUCACAGGUCAUGAAGGAUAUCGCGGUGAUCUUGCUUUGAUGUACUUUGUUGAUGUAAGUCCAGACACAGGCAUGUUGGCUGGUCUCAGAAUGGUACCAACUCAGAUAAAACAUUUGCGAGUUAACAAGGCCAAAGAAGAGGGUGUGAAGUGGCUUGUGAAAACAAUGUCAAGGGAAUGCAAGAAAUUUGGCUGUGAUGUGAGAAGAGUUGAUGAUGAGAUUCAUUUGGUGUUUUGACUCUCUCUCACAUCAUCAAACUUGAAAGCAGUUGACAGUUCUAUGGUUUGAUCAAAAGAAUGUUAAAGAACUGUGGGCUGUGGUGAAGUUCUGAAAGUAAUGAUUCCUUAUACUCAGGAUGAAUUAGUAGCAUUUUCCUUUGAAACUUUUUUUAUAUUUGUUGCUUUUGGAUGUUUGGUGGGUAUAAUUUUUUUUGAGGUAGCAGCUUUGGAGGUUCUAGCUUUUGAGGCAAUCUUUCCUUUGUAAUUUGCCAAGAACAGAGAAAUCUCAUCAUUCAUUUAAUUUCAGUAGGUCACCAUCAUCAGAGAAUUAACCCUUGAUACCCUAAUACUCCAUACUGUUCUAUUACAUUUCUUUAAGUGCUGACAAGGAGAAUUUGUUUAUCAAUCAAGAGUUUGCUUAACUGGUGAUCAUUUCCUUUAUUCUUGUGACCUUAAUGUUAGAUUCAGGGGUGAUAUUGUAAGGAGAAAUUAGAUACAAAUCUACUAAUCACUCAUAGGGGUCAAAGAGUCAAUCAAAAAAGCAAUAUUGAUUGAUUCAAAGUAAAAGCAGCCCUAACUUGCAAAACUGUGGGUUCAAAAUAGUUUUAUUUGAUAAUUAGAAUAGUCCCUGUUACUGGUGAUCAUCACCACCCCCCUCUUGCUCAAUGCAGCGUAUAAAUGAGAUAGAGAAUUGGUUAAGGAGCCCCUGAGGGCUCAAAGAAAACCCCCUUGGGAGGGAGAGAAGGUAAUGAAACAACUGGGGCUAUUGAACAGACACAACAAAGUGGUCAUAUGAUAACUAAAUGUCAGUCGAUCAACAGCUAACCAGGCAAAGCAUGGAGACCUGGGGCUAAUUAAGUUAUUCCUGAGGAAUAUGAUCCUUAUCAGCCUUGGGUGCUGACAUGAGAUACAUGCACAGAGAUCACAGGUUUACCCAAGCUUCAGCAUAGUGCCUAUUUAUAUCAGACUGAAUAGCAACAUUUGAAUGUUUGAAUAUUUUUCCAUAAUUCUCAAGAUGAUUUUUAUCUUGGCUAUCUGAAUAUUUUUAUUACUGUUAAAUGGAAGAGUGGAAGGAUCUAAGUGGCUUUUGUACAGCAUGGAUCAAAACUGUUACAGGUGAAUAUCUGGGAUAAAGUUUGUGUAUAUGAUCUGUUAUACUUUGUUACAAAUAUUUUAAAGGAUCUGUAUUUGUCAAACCAAUUUUGGUCAAUA